UAAAGGGCGUGUCUGUUACUAACGUCAAUCAUUGGAAUCAGUCUGAAAACUGUUGCUGUUGUCGCGGGUGGGUUGACAUACAUCGGUGCGUUUGAGGAUGUGAGUGAUUUUACCGCGUCCUGAUCGCCGGAGCGCGUGUGUGCUGACAGACAUCAUCAUGCUCAAAGUCUCUCGGUGAUCCGGUCCUUCCCAUGAUUCCACACCAGGCCGCCCCAUGCCAGCCCGUAACCACGGCGACCACUCGCCCCCGUGAGCCCCUCCUCUGUCGCCCGGCGGCCGUUUGAGUGGAUGAGGAACCCGGCCUCCAGUGAUGUGAUGCACAGGUUUGAGGUUCUUGGGAUUGUGGGGGAAGGAGCUUACGGCGUCGUCCUGAAGUGCAGACACAAGGAGACGAAUGAAAUCGUGGCCAUUAAGAAGUUCAAGGACAGUGAAGAAAAUGAGGAGGUGAAGGAAACCACCAUGCGGGAGCUGAAGAUGCUCCGGACGCUGAAGCAGGAGAACAUCGUGGAACUGAAGGAGGCGUUUCGGCGGCGGGGGAAGCUCUACCUGGUGUUUGAGUAUGUGGAGAAGAACAUGCUGGAGCUGCUGGAGGACAUGCCUAACGGUGCUCCGCCUGACAAGGUCCGCACGUACAUCUACCAGCUGAUCAAAGCCAUUCACUGGUGCCAUAAGAACGACAUCGUCCACAGAGAUAUCAAGCCAGAGAAUCUCCUCAUCAGCUCUGACGACGUGCUCAAGCUGUGUGACUUUGGUUUUGCGCGGGAUCUCUCUGAAGGCACCGAUGCGAACUACACUGAGUAUGUGGCGACCCGAUGGUACCGCUCACCAGAACUGCUGCUGGGGGCGCCGUACGGUAAGGCGGUGGACAUGUGGUCAGUGGGGUGUAUUCUGGGCGAGCUGAGCGACGGUCAGCCUUUGUUUCCGGGUGAGAGUGAGAUUGACCAGCUCUUCACCAUUCAGAAGGUCCUGGGACCCCUGCCGCCCGAACAGAUGAAGCUCUUCUACAGCAACCCACGUUUUCACGGGCUACGGUUUCCCUCAGUGAGCCAUCCACAGACGCUGGAGAGACGAUAUCUUGGAAUCAUCAGUCCGGUCCUGCUUGACCUAAUGAAGAACCUGUUGUUGUUGAACCCGAAUGAGCGCUAUCUGACUGAACAGAGUCUGAACCACCACGCCUUCCAGACUCAGCGCCUGACGGAGCGGCCCGGCCCGCUCACGCCCACACCCAUCCGCUCCUCCAAGAGGAAACCGCUGCUGGACAACAGCGCCCCCAGCAGGGGUCAUAUUGUCAAGAGUUCAAGUCACCAUCGCUCAAACAGUCGCGACUGCUCCAGUCUGCCCCGUCAUGGGCACGAAGACCUUCACCCGCCCAGCUCUGAAACGUUCCUGAACGGGUCAGUACCGUCCACCAACAGCCUGAGCCCAGUUAUGCACCCCAAAUCCUUUCAGCCGCUCAACCGCUCGGCGUCGUGUGGUAAAGACCUGGCCAGCCUGCAGCACGCUAAAGAGGCUAAAUCGAAAAUGGGUGAUUUUGACUUCGGGAAACCGGCAGACGGCCCGGGGGCCAAGUACUUGAAAUCGAACACGCCUCGUUCCCAGAACCGCCAUUCCUUUGUGGAGGGCAAAAACAGCACGCUAACGGGGGACCGGGAGAAACAGAGCCGUCACGGUUACGGCGAGUCGACCGCGUCAUCAUCUUCGGGCGGAAAGGGGUCGUCCUCAUACCUGAGUUUGUCCAAGAGUCACGGAGUGCUUAGUGACGCUAAAUCCGUGAGCAACCUCAGCGACAUGCGACUGCACCCGGACGACCCCGCCGGCUCUCCCCGCUACUUCCCCAGCAGCUGCUUGGACCUUAACAUGAACCUGAACUUGCCGGCACCGGGCAGCCCAUCCAUGCAACACGGGGGACACAGUCCCGCUGUGGGGCGUCGCAGCAAACUGGAACGGGACGGAAGCACGGUGGAACCGUCCACCCGCCGCUCCUCGUCACGAAAGAGCCAGCAGCAGAGCGACGGAAACCCUGCUGAUCCGCUCGACCCCGGAGUGGGACUGUCUCUUUCGGCUCCCCAAGAUUUCCCCUAUGGCGUGGGCUACACCAGCCCGUUUUCCUCCCAGCAGCGGCCGCACAGACAUUCCAUGUACGUGCGGAGGGAACGUGGGCGUCCCCAUGGGGGCGAGACUGGCGGAUUGGCAGUGGAGCAGGGGAUGCCCACCAGGGCCAGCAGUCUACAGCUACUGACCCCUCAACUACAGCAUCGGACCCUGCCGAGACACAUGGGCAGUGCUGUGUCGCGGGAUGCAGGAUUAGACCAGACCGACCCCGCAGCCGCAGAGGUCAGUCACACGCGGCCUUUAAUCCGGGAGUCCACACGGGACAACACCACCACCUUUCACGCACCACGGCAAAAAAGCGAGGGAGGCGUGUAUCACGAGCAGCUCACAGAUGACAGCGGAUCUGCCAAAGAGAACCGCAUGAUGUACGCCGACUCUGUGCCGCGACGGGUCGGGAGCUUCUACAGGGUGCCGUCACCCAGACCCGAUAACUCGUUCCACGAGAGUUCAGGGGUCACGAUAGACAGCAGCCACAACAUACACCAACCGACCUAUGACCCCUGGACGGGGUCUGAGACGCUGGACGUGAGCCCUCCAGAACCCACCAAAGAGAAAGAGAAACAAGGUUUCUUCAGAUCCAUGAAGAAGAAGAAAAAGAAGUCACAAGCUACAGACACAGCUGAAGAGCGACUUCCAGUCAUGAGGAAAGCUCUGUUUCCUCUGUUUCACUCUCAGAGGAGCUUCACACGGAGCUCCUCUGAGAGAGAGCGUCCUCUAGUGGCCACACCGAUGGUGGCGAGCGAGGGGCCGGAUCAGGUGCUGAUACAGAAGUCGUCGCGCUCGUACGGACACCAGGGCAGCAGGCAUCGCACUCGGAGCCGGGACCGGGAGCGCAGCCGGGACAGAGAGCCGGAUCCGGAGCGAGAGGGAAAUGCGGACUGGCCCGCGGAGAGAACGCCUGACACUCACUCUCAGCCUCUGAGGUCUCUGCGGAAGCUCCUUCAUCUCACCACCUCCUCCUCCUCGUCCUCUAACCAAACCUCAGCAGAUCUCCACUACCCUCUGCCCCCGCAGUCCUCCUCCAAAGGCGGGAGUUUCGUGGAGCCUCGCGGCCUCAGCUCCAUGCAGUCCAAAAGCCGUCAGGCUGCGUACGCGGCCCCGGGGCCCCUGGAGUCCGGCUGGCACUCCACCGCUCUGGGCCGUCCCGAGGGAAACCCAUAUCCCGAGCAGCUGACCUCCAAACCGGGCUUCGCUCGCCACUUUCGUUCGCGUUUGCCAAACCUGAAUGACCUUAAAGAGACUGCGCUGUGAACGGCGCCCCCUAAUGGACCUUUUCUUCUUAUGUAUUAAGGAUAGGCCUAUAUGUCCCCAUCUUUAUUUUUGUUGGCUUUUUUUAGUUUUUAAUAUUUGAUAGCACUUCUUGUAUUAUUUAUGUAAUUACUGUAUUUUUUUGUUAUUGGAUAACUACAGUCUAAAAGAAGACUAUAUAGCUCUAUGUAAAUGGGAAUAUAUAUAUAAAUGUAUAGCACUGUACGUGCAGGCUUCAGUUUCUACUCUGGUUGUAGUAUAUUAUCUGAUUCUGCAUAGUAACUCUUAUAUUUGGCUAAAAUGUAUAGACGACAGUAUUGACAUUUAUUUUAUAGUUCUAGAAUAAGACUACACGGUAUAUAUAGAUAUUAUGACUUUGUCUUUGAGUAUUUUCUGUUUACAAUUCAGUGAAUAUCAAUAGAUAUUAAGAGUAACAGUAAUUAAUGGUAAGAAUGCGUAUGUUUGCGUGAUUCUACGUACGUGUGCUUCCCAGAUAGCGCACGUAUGUUGCUUCAAACUAGGGCUGUCACUAACGAUUAUUUUGGUAAUCGAGCAAUCGUUCGAUUAUUCUGAGUAAUCAAACCUCCUCCUUUAUGUAUUAUAACAAAUGCCUGCAGAGGGCGCCAGUCAGUGUUGCCAAGUCCGUGGUUUUCCCGUGGAAUUGGGCUACUUUAACACUGCUUGCCAUAAGUUUGUUUUUUAUGUCCAGUUGAAGCGACCCUAAAUAACAUGAUAUUUAGCCCCUGGUAUGCGAGUUUUACCAGAGGUACCCCGACAAAAACGCGGAUUUUACCCACCAGAACGCGAUUUUUACCUAGGGAUCCCCCUGAAAUGUGAGUGGGCUAGUUUUGAGUAGCAGUUGGGUGGGUUUUGCUGUGAAAACCUACAUGUAUUUCAAAUGCCCACUUAAUCUUUAAUAUUUGGCCAUUUCUUUACGACAGAAAUGCUACAACCACUGUAAUUUCUUGAACAAGAACAUGUGGAGUUAAACGAGGGCUUAAACUUUUAUUUUGAAAUCGCAAUGAGCCGUUAGCACAUUUAGAAACAUGCUGAUGUUUCUCCUGCGUUUAUACAUGACUUACCUUACAAAUCUGAUGAAAUGGCCGCACAGUGCGUUUCCAGAUGAACGUUUAAAGCAAUCCAAACUCACAGCAUAAUCAGAGAUGGAGUUUGAGAUGCUCAACUCAUGUAAAUGAUAAGAGUUUGUGUGGAGCUGCAUUUACUGUGAACGGAGACGCACAGAGGUAACCUACACGCAUGUAAAUUACAGCGCAUAUAUUUUAAACCUGCAGCACAUACAUUUAUUUAAUUGAAUCGCAGCCUUUGUAAAUUCACAAUAGCAUUAUGCUUUAUUAUGGUUUUAAACGGGUUUAAUAUCGUGCAGACUUUGAAAAUGGUAUAAUUCUCGUCUGUGGAAAGCGCCACUUGCGGUAUUUUGGCGGUUAGUCGACACGGGCAAAUUGAAAUCGAGGUAUAGCGACAGCCCUACUUUAAACGUCACAUUUGUGUAUAAAUUCAUUGUGAAUGUCAUUUUAACACACAACAGGUGAUGUGCUGCAGAUGAAGGGUAAAAAAACAAACAUUGUCCGGAUGAAAACGUCCUGGCAACGUACGUGCGCUAUCUGGGUUUCGUGUGGGUCUUUUGUUAGUCUAUACAAAUCAUAUACAAAGCCUUUUAAAUGACAAUUGAAGCAAAAACAUCAACAAAAUCUGACCAAAUCAUACAAAAUGGUGUGGCUCCACCUGCUGGCCAUUGAGAUCCACUGCAAAAAAAAUCUGAGCUUAAGAUGCCUUUUUAUUUUUAAAGCAAGUUAAUUUUUACUAAAUCUACCAGUCUUUGAUUCCCUCAGGUAUAGAGUUCUCUGAACACUGCAAAUACACUUUUACAUGCAAUAUCUGGAUAUCAGAUGUCGAAGCUCUUUAGAUUGUUUGAUGUUUCUGUUUAGGGAAAUACAGCCAGUGUGUGUUCACAAGGAGGAGAAAUAAUAAUAAUAAUAAUAAUAAUACUAAUAAUUAAUUAAUUUUAUGCAAUAUGUAAUUUCACAUUCGCCAGAUAAUCCUUCUAAAUAAAGAUCAAGGUACCUGGAGGCGUAUUUUGUCCUCUCAGCUGGUUUUUACACGCAUGUGCUUUAAUGAUUCAUAUGUCAGUCGGGUACAUGAGAUGUCAAACGCCAGGGUUUCCUGGAAAACUGCGUCGAUUACACAUCAACCAUAUGCAUCUCGUUUUAUUUUCAGAGAUCCCAGCUAACGGGGAACGUUCUCAGAACUUUUAUCUAACGUUCUGGCAAGGUUCUCUGAACAUUCUGAAAUGUUCCUGUGUUUGCAGAAUGAUAAAGUGGAAUGUUCCCUUAACAUUUGCAUAACCAAGAAAAAAGUUGGGCAUUUUAAACGUUCAGAGAACAUUUGUAAAAAUAAUGUUUUUAAAGCUUAAUGUGUAUGUUAGCAAAACUCGUUUAGAGCAUAUAUUUGUUAGCUGGGAUGUAGAGCUGCACGAUUCUGGAUAAACUGAAUCAUGAUUUUUUGUUUCAAAUGGAGAUCGCGAUUCUCCCAUGAUUCUGAACAGACAACUAAACAAAAUAACGUCAUUUACUACAGAUUCUGACAAAAUGUUAAUUGCUGCAGUCUAUUUAAUAAUGUUAAUAAUUGAUUUGAAUGAAUUAUUUUUAAGAAAUGGUUUGAGUGAAUGAUUUAAUGACUGAUUCAAAGACUUCACUCAUUUCAUUACUGGAUGAAUCAGCAUUUUUGAACAAAUCUCUUGAAUGAAUGAUUCAAUGACGAAUACAUUUUUUAACAGUCUCUUGUCGCCACCUACUGGUGUAACGAUGUAAUUGACACAAUCAUUAUUUGAAGCGUCAAGUCACUUUCAAAAGGUGAUUUACUCUAUUUUAAUCGCUACUGUAGACAUCAGUGUUUAUAUCUGAACUAUAAACAUUUAUCCCAGUACUUCUGUGAUCAUUUGAGUUAUUGUAACAAUGAUGAUACUGUGAAGCUGGUUCAUGACAAUGGCUCUCUCUGGCUCAGAACGCAGAUCUGAAUGUUUGCUAUGAUCGGACUUGUCAAAGGUUUAAUUGACAGAUCCGAAUCACUGUCAUUUAGGAAUAAGAUCCGUAGGUGUUUAAAACCAGAUUGUGAUCUUUUAACGAUUAAUCGUGCAGCUCUUCUGGAAUGUAGGGAAUUAUCCACCAAUUGUCUAGAUUAUCAAGAAUAUUAAUCAUAAAGCUGACUAAUAUUGGUCAAUGAGCCGCUAAUCCAUCUCUGCGGUCCUGAAGUUGAUUCAUCAGCCUCUUCUACUGCCACAUGUUUCAUAUCAUAGGAAUACCAUGAUGGAAGGUGUUUUACUCUAUAAUCAUGUGUUUCAUUGACUAUAGAGGAGUUAAGAUGCUAAUGAUCUCAUUUAAAUAACAAGAAGAUUGUCUGUUUUUUUUUAAAUCCAUGAAUAAAUAAAAGUCAAACUAAAUCAAA